GAUUGAAAUAACAAGAAGGUGCUGAUAUGUUUUAAACAUGAGUAGAGUGGGUGAGAACUCACUUGAGCCCCUGUGCUCAGACCGGAAACGCAAGCUCUCCACAUGUGACACACCAGGGCAAGGGUGUGAUAAACGCAGGAGGGAACAGGAGAGCAAGUACAUCGAGGAACUCGCCGAACUGAUUUCGGCCAACCUUGGCGACAUCGACAGCUUCAAUGUAAAGCCAGACAAAUGUGCCAUCCUUAAAGAGACAGCGCAGAUACGACAGAUCAAAGAGCAAGGUAAAAGCUCAUGUGGCGAUGACGACGUCCAAAAAGCGGAUGUGUCGUCCACGGGUCAGGGGGUCAUCGACAAGGACCAUCUGGGCCCUCUUCUGCUUCAGGCCCUUGAUGGAUUUUUGUUUGUGGUCAGUCGCGAGGGCAGCAUUGUGUUUGUGUCAGAUAAUGUGACUCAGUAUCUGCAGUAUAAACAGGAGGAGCUGAUCAACACCAGCAUCUAUAACAUACUGCAUGAAGAAGACAGAGAAGAGCUACUUAAAAACCUUCCCAAAAGCAACGGCUCCAACAGUGUGUCAUGGGGUGGUGAUGCCUCCCGUCAGAAGAGUCAUACAUUCAACUGUCGUAUGCUGAUGAAGUUCGGUCAUGGAGGUCCAGGAGGAGAAGAGGGGGGAGGUGGGCCGCGCUACGAGACCAUGCAAUGUUUCGCUCUCACGCAACCUAAAGCCAUGAUGGAGGAAGGGGAAGACCUGCAGUCUUGUAUGAUUUGUGUUGCACGAAGAGUGACGGCUGUGGAGAGGACAGAGCGAUUCAGCACCAGACACGAGCUAUCAGGUAAGCUGAUAGAGAUUGAGCAGCAGAGUCUGUUGCACACCACCAUGCGUCCUGGCUGGGAAGAUUUGGUGCGCAGGUGUAUGCAGAUGUUCCUGCAUCGCAGCGAGGGUCAGCCCUGGUCUUACAAGAGACACUACCAGGAAGCAUAUGUUCAUGGUCGAGCAGAGACUCCGCUCUAUAGGUUUUCUCUGUCAGAUGGCACCCCUGUAACAGCACAAACACGCAGCGAGCUCUGCCGAAACACUGUUACCAAUGAGCCGCUGACCUUCCUCUCUACUCAUGUUCUUCAGAGGGAGCAAAACGGAUACAGACCGAACCAGGGUGGUGUAAUGCGAUCAGUUAUGGGCAAUGCCAAUCCUAAUGCUCAGAUGAGCAUGCCUCCUGGUGGGGGUAUGGGAAUGGGUAACACAAGGGGCUAUGGCAUGAACGAGCAAGCUCACAUGGGACCCCGAGGCGGCCCUAUGUACGGCCCAGGCAACCGCAUGAAUCAAAUUAACCCAAUGCAUCAGAUGAAUCAAAUGAAUCAGAUGAACAUGAAUCAGAUGAACAGUAUGAAUCAAAUGGGCUCUAUGAAUCAGAUGAACUCCAUGGGUCAGAUGAAUCACAUGGGACAUCCUGGCAUGAAUCAGCAUCAGCAAGGUCAGUUCCAUGGUGGCAGUUAUGGCAUGGGCAUGACGAGUCCUUCCCAAGGGAGCCCUGGUUUGAAUCCUCCUCAGCAGAAUCUCAUUGGGUCUCCACGGAUACGAGGGAGUCCCAAAAUGGGUGCGAGCCCCUUCUCGCCUGGAGGUAUGAAUUCUCCAAUGGGCCCUGUCAGUAUGGGAGGCAAUUGUGGAUCUUCUGGUCCCACAGUUGGCAGCACUUUCUCGAGCAGCUCACUGAACGCCCUUCAGGCCAUUAGUGAAGGUGUGGGUUCAUCUCUGCCUUCGGCUCUAAACUCGCCUGCCCACAAAUCCGACAGCUCUCCCAGCAUCAACUCAACCCAGUCCAGUCAGCAAGGCCAGACUGGCAACAACAAACCCGGCAACGGUGACUCCAAGAGCCCAUCGAGUUCUCACAGCAGUGCUGUAGAUCAACAACAGGCCUCUUCAUCUGAGACUACUAUGGAAAAGCCAGACAGUCAGUCUAGUAAGGACGUUUCUGCUGGACCUGAAGUCAACAGAAGACUCCCUGAUGGAAAAGGCCACAAGAAGUUACUUCAGUUACUCACCUCCCCUACUGAAGAUAUUGGGCAUGCGACUGGUGGACCCGUCCCAGGUCGCUCCUCUACGCCAAUGAGUCUCGAGUCCAAGGAAACAGGAGGUGGCAUGAUGAGUCCUUCGUCAACAGGCGUGUCCUCCUCUUCCAGUUCAUCAUCGGGAAAUAAUGCAAAUCAGCAAGUCUCAGGAGGUGUUUCAUCGACAGCUUGUCCCAGCGGCUCUCACACCGUACAGGAGAAACACAAGAUACUCCACAAGCUCCUUAAAAACGGAAACACGCCAGAUGAGGUGGCUCGCAUCACAGCCGAGGCCACCGGUAAAGCUUCUCUUGGUGCAGAGCACCCGGGUGCCGAGGCCAGGAAUUUAGGACUCAAACAGGAGCAGCUCAGUCCGAAAGAAGUGACAAAGCCGGCUCUUCUCCACUACCUCCUCAACAAGGAUGACUCCAAAGACCCCAAUCCCACAGAGGCCAAGCCAAAGCUGGAGGAGCUGGAGGGGAGAGGGGCCGUGGGAGGGCAAGGGUCAGGGGUCACAACCUCGAACUCGAACAACCAGGAGGGCAAAGUCAAGCUCGAGCCACCUGAUGAGAUGGACAGCUUGGAGAGUAUUCUUGGAGGCCUGAGGAAUCCCACUUCUGGAUUGUUUGCUGAUUCUAGACCUGGAGGGUCAGUGGGGGGAAAUAAGCAGGGCAAUGGACCCAACAGCACUGCACAUGACCGGGAGGCUGUUAGUAUGGUGUCAAGUCAACGUGUGCCCUUCCAGAGGGCAGUGUCUGUUGAUGGUAAACCCAUGAUCGGUCCAGGCAUGUCGGGAAGAAGGAGCGCCCCCUCAUCUCUGGUCAAACAGGAGCAUUCUGAAAACCAGAUGGCCAUGGGAGGUCCAAACAGGCCGAUGGGAAUGAAUCGCCCCCCUAUGGCAGGUGCAGGCGAUUGGGGAAUGUCCAGUUCCAGCCCUGUUGGUCAUCCUGGUAUGGGUCGCCCAGGAAUGGAUCAUAAUCCUAAAGGCAUGAUGGGUGGACCCAUGGUUAACAGAUCUAAUAGCGUUCCAGCAAACAGAUCUAUACUGCAACAGCAGUUAAUGGAGAUGGGGCCUUAUGAGGUCGGAAUGGGUAUGACUGCAUUCAGAGGACAAGGACCUCCACCACGGUCACCUUCAUGGCCGGACAAUGGGAUGGGAAUGGAAGGAGCACAAAACACAAACAGGUUACCGUUUAAUAACUCUUUGGAUGAUCUUCUGGUUCCUCCAUCCACCACCGAGGGUCAGAGUGAUGAGCGAGCUCUGUUAGACCAGCUGGACUCUCUACUCAACAACACUGAUGUCAUGGCUCUCGAGGAGAUCGAUCGCGCCCUUGGCAUACCAGAUCUCGUCAGCCAGGGUCAUAGUACAGAUCAAGCCCCUCCAACAGACCCCUUCUCUGCUCCCUGUCCUGACUCCACUUUGGGAAUGGACCCCAAGGGGAUGUACGGCCAGGGCUACCCGGGACCCCCUUCCAUGGGGAUGCAGGGCGGAUAUGGUCAUGGUCCCAACUCUGGACCCGGUCCCAUGCAGGGGCAAUCCGGGCCAGGCUUUAACCCCAUGAUGAAUCCGAUGAACCAGCAGGGUGCUUUUCCUGGAAUGGGCGGGAUGGGUGGUAUGCAUCCACGUGCUAACAUGAUGAGACCCCGGAUGAUGAAUCCAACCAAGCCGCUCCGAUUACAGCUUCAACAAAGACUACAAGGACAGCAGUUUUUGAACCAGAAUAGGCAAGGCAUGGGCAUGGGCAUGAGGCCAGAUAACAGCCCUGCAGGAAACCCUAGCAUGAGACCUAACAUGCAGCCAGGCAUUGCUGGACAGCCCGGGUUCCUGAAUGCUCAGAUGAUGGCGCAGCGUAGCCGAGAAAUGCUUAAUCUAUCAGAGAUGAGAAGACAAAGGAUGAUGAUGGUGAUGCAGCAACAGCAACAACAGCAGCAGCAGGUUGCACCCGGAGGCUUCAGUCCUCCUCCUAAUGUUACUGCACCCACAGUAAUGGACAACCCCAUGGGAGGACCCCCAAUGAACCAGUCCAGCCAACAGGCUUUCAACUAUGGAGGCAACUAUGGUAUGGGCCAGCAGGGGGACCCUUCAUUUGUGGGAACAGGUAGCAGCCCCCCUAACAACAUGAUGUGUGGUCGUAUGGGUGGCCCUCAGAAUCCCAUGAUGCAACAGCACCCUCAGAGCAAUCCCAUGUAUCAAUCUGCAGAGAUGAAAGGAUGGGGACAGGGGCCCAUGCCCAUGAAUAGUUCCUACUCGCAGCAGCAACAAUAUCCCCAGCAGGGGGCGCAAGGACAGUACGGGGGCAUGAUGAUGAACGGAUCCAUGCAAGGGAGUGUGAAUGGCAACGGUGCAGGACAGAUGCCCCCAAUGCAGGGCCAGAUGGGCAUGAACGGCAUGGGCAUGGGACGCAUGCCAAUGGGACCCGAGCAGAAGUACUGCUGAGGCAUUGAGCCGUCUCUAUGAAAUGGACAAGUUGGAGUCUAAAAUCUGCCUCAUAGGGUAAAAGUACUGGAGGGAUCCAGUGGAACUCGACUAGGAGAGAAAAACAAUGAAAGGGAAAGAGAGACUCCAGCCUUUAUGCCCAGUAGCACGUGCAGCAGGCUCUCUCAUGUCUCCGGCUGUACUGCAAUACACAACAUAACCACCAGGGGGCACAGAGAAAGAUUGGUUAUGGUACAUCUUGACUGUGGGGGAGCACUUUAUUUUAAGGCUAGUUUGGAAAAGGACGGUUGCAAUAUAUUUCUUGCUUUUUCUAGCCUUAUAGAACGAUUAUGUGCAUAUUGUCUAUUUUGAAUUAGUCUCGGACAAGUCUCGUUUUAAAGAAAACCACGGGAAUUGUAAGCAACAUCAUUUCACAUAUCAAAGCAAUAAUCCUCCUUAAUGCCACGGCUCAAAGUGGUGUGUCAACAAAAAGCAAAUGGUACUGCAGUGUUAGACAGAUGUUUUUUGUGUGUGUGUGAAUAGGAUCGAAAUUGUAAAUACUGUAUGCUACAAAUGUAUCAUACAUGCUUUUACUACAUACUUUUUUUGCACAGAGUUUGGACCUCUGUUAGGUCUGUUUUAUCUAUAUUUUAGGUCAACUGCUCUAGGUUUUACAUCUAUUUUAACUUGUCAAAGGGAGAAAAUAUUUUUAUUUUUAUCUUAUCCAGCACCGCCUCUUCUUUUCUUUUUUUUUAACGAUGGCCAUUAUGUUUGGAUGGCACUUUUCUAAACGAUGUAUGCAGCGACGCUUUCAUUGGUUUCAUCUCCACUGGUUCUGUUUUAACAGGGAAAAUCAAGUUUUCAGAUGAUACGCAAGAUGAUCUUGAUGUUGCCCUUUAAGAUAGCUCUUACUAGGGAAAAUAACUCACAUACUCACUGUAUCGUAACGGUUGGUUCUUCAGAAAUCUACCUUUAAGAAACAUGCACAAUCCAAAGAUCUCUUUUUAUUUGUCAAGUUUGAUGACAGAAUAGUAUCAUUUAUAUAUGCUUUUGCGCAAAAGCGCAGAGUAUAAGGUACAUAUCAUAUGAACAUAUUACUACAUAUUAUGAUUUUGUACUAUAUUCUGUAUACAUACUAAACCAAGUAUACCUGUUUUUGAGGCCAGUUCAUAUUUUAGCAGUAUUGUCAGUGCUUAUGGAGGUUCUCUCAAUCAUGCGGUGUAUUCCUUCUUCAAGUUUUGAUGGUUAUGAAUUAUCUACAGAAGUGCCCAGAACUGCUCUUUAAAGAGAUUUGUAACUUUUGAAGAGUUUUUAAACCACUUUUAAGAGUGUCUUGGAUGUACUUUUAAAAGUAAGUUCUGUAAAGACACAGGUGCAAAGGCAGUAACCACACCUUACUGGUUACUGUGAUCAUUUCGGCACACAGAAAUCAAUCCUAAAAUAAAAGGCUCAUCUGUGCAUCUAUAUAUUGCAGUAAUUUUUGCUCUUUCAUUAGUCUAGUCUUUACCAUCAGUGACUUAUAACAUUGUUUCCCAAUGAAGGGAAAGACAUUGGAAUGAUAUACAAUGGUAAGCUAAUAAGUCUAAGUCUUUCUAUUUCAGGAAAGAAACACUAUCAUUUGUGUUCAUUUCGCUAGAUUACUGUAGAUUGUGACAAAAGUAUAUUUUGAAAUUGUAAUUCUGGAGCUUUGUGGUUAUUCUGGGCUGUUCUCUGAACUGGUUGACUGAGGGAUUGUAAACAUGGAAGAUUUUACAGGAUGUAAAUUACAAUACACUUAAUUAUUUUGCUUGAUGUUGAUAUUGUUGUAAAUAAAAGUUCUAUUUAAACGUGA